AAUAAUAAUAAUAAUAUAUAAAAAUAAUAAAAAAGAAAAACAAGAGCAAGAACAAGAACAGCAGCAAUAACAAUAUGUUUCAUAUACAUUAAGUUCCUAAAAACCACAUUUUUUCCAUAUUUAUGCUAAACGGGAGAAGGAGAAAAACAUCAAUAUUUUAUAUACAGCACGCAACAAUGUUGAAAAUAAUAAUUACGAUGAUGGUGAUGCACAAGAUAAUAAUGAGAUGAUGUUGAUGAUGAUGAUGAUAAAUAAAGUGUUGUUACAUUAUUGUUGUUGUUAUAUAUAUUAAAAAACAUUCAGCACAUAAUGUGGAUUACGCGCAAUACAAGCAAAAUAAUUUGCAACAAAAAGCCGACAUCACAGAGAGUACACAGUGAUACCAUAUAAACUGGCAGACAGACAUGCAAACAACGCAUUAAGCUUACUAAGAUUUUUAGUUCAAUCAUUGUUAUUACAUCUGGUUGUUUUAAGCUGAUUUUCUUCAACACUUCGUAGUUCUAAGGCGAAAACAAUUUUCCUUCGAAAACGCACAAAAUCUCUUAAAAGAAAAAAGCAAAAAAGAAAAAAAAAAGAUAAUAAAGAAACCAAAAAUCUGCCAUUAACUGAGAGGAAAAUCAAUCAAACAAAUCGAUCGUGAGGAUAGCACUAAGAAAGCCUUGCAUUCAAGGCAUGUUUAUACCUGAUUCACUGAGAAGCUGUAUGAUCGAGACGGACGUAAAUUCUUAUCUGCAAACCUCAUCCUCAGGACAGGAUGAGUUUCAUCCAUUCAUUGAAGCUCUCUUACCAUAUGUCAAAUCAUUUUCGUAUUCCUGGUUUAAUUUACAAGCCGCAAAACGUAAAUAUUACAAAAAACAUGAGAAACGUAUGUCGCUGGAGGAGGAACGUCACUGUAAAGACGAAUUACAGAACGAAAAAGCAGAGGUCAAGCAAAAAUGGGCUUCUCGUUUGCUGGGAAAGUUGCGUAAGGACAUAACGCAAGAAUGUCGCGAGGACUUCGUACAAUCCAUUACCGGUAAACGCAAAUCGAUAUGUGUGCUAUCGAAUCCCGACCAAAAGGGCAAAAUGCGCCGCAUCGAUUGUCUGCGUCAAGCGGACAAGGUGUGGCGUUUAGAUCUGGUCAUGGUUAUAUUAUUCAAAGCGAUACCAUUGGAAAGUACCGAUGGCGAGAGACUAGAAAAGAGUCCUGAGUGCAUCCAUCCAGCUUUAUGUGUAAAUCCGUAUCAUAUUAAUGUGUCGGUGCGUGAAUUGGAUUUGUAUUUGGCUAAUUUCAUCAAUACUCAUGAUCCGCUGAGCAGUCCGACGCCGGCUUCUCCAGCGCCCGGUACUCCGUCAACUCCCUCGUUAAUGUUGUAUGGCAGUGAACAUGGCAGUAACAAUAAUAACAACAAUAGCAGCGCAACAAAUGACAAUAAAAAACAUGGAGAAGACGACCGCAAAAAUAAAGACAAUACACCGUUUGCAGGCUACAGUCACAAUCCCUAUAAUGGUGUUGUGUGUAACGAUAUAAUUUUGGCCACUGGAGUCUUCUCUUCCAAAGAACUGUGGAAGCUUUCAAAAGCGUCCAUUCUUGAGGAGACAACUGGCGAUUUGAUACAAGCAAGUUCAAUUAAAUUGGAGCAUCCGACGGCUGCGUACGAAUGCAAUACAUAUCAAAUGUCCGCUGCCUCCGCUCCUUUGGGUUCAGUGGUGGGUAGUGUCAAUAGCUUAGCAACGUCCGGUGGCUCAGGAAUGGUAACGGGAGAUGGCCGUUCUACUGUGAGCGCUUCCAUGGUACUACCAUCGGGUUACAGCAUUGACUUUGUUGAUCCCAGGAGUAGUAUGCAUAUAUCUAACAGUUCACUAUUAAGGGCAGCAGCUGCAGCCUCUUGCAAAUCUGAUCCCAAUAGUUCUCCUCAGGAUCACAGCAGCAGUUUUUCUGUGAUAUUAAGACAAAAUGAAGACAAUGCCUCCAAUAGUGGUGGUAACGGAGGCGCCAAUCUAUCCGAUGAAGCCUUGCAAAGGUACACACCCACCAGUAAUCGAGUUUUGCUGAGUAUGGGACAAAUGCGUCCAGGGGAAGUGCUUAUGCAGCAUAAUGUUGCCUCAUCACUGGUUCCAAAUGCUGUCAGUCCGGCUUUGUAUUACCCUCAGCAUGCCAGUCCUUCGGCUGUAGCUCCCGAGUCUAAUGACGAUCCCAAUCAAUCACAACACCAGCAGCAACAGCAACAACAGCAGACGCAUCAACAGCAGCAACAAACACAACAACAGCAACAUCAUCAACAUCAUCAACAACAUUUGCAUCAUACACAGGCAAACACGACACCUAAGUAUUCGGCCGAAAUUAUUAACCACGGCCACGAUAUGACCGACUUUGUGGCUUAUGUUUGUCAAGAUACAAACGUUCCCCCAGGUGGUGGUUCUGCCGACGAACAUGGCCAUCCUCAAACGUCCUCCCAUUUUCAAUUGCAGCACGCAGCUGCCGCCGCAGCGGUUGGACGCAGUCCAAAAUUGUCAGCGGUUUCCGCAGCAGCGGCUGCUGCUCACUAUCAACAAUACAGCACCAUGUUGCCUCCGCCACCAUUACCCCCAAUGGCGCGUCCUGUGGCAAUAAUACGUUCUACAGGAGAUCUUACCAUGGUCGGUUCGCCACCAACGUCCACAGCCAUGUCACCACCCCCUCUUGCGAGCUCCGGAGAUUCCCCACGCCAUCAUCAAUCGCAUCACAGUCUUCAUCAACAUCAUCAACAUCAUCACCAUCAUCAGCAGCACCAGCAACACACCACGAUUGAUCAUAGUUCUAACACGAGCGGUACAUUAAGCGUUAUGACUUCAAAAUCAACCAACACCUCAGCGGCCAGUCAAGAUUCUUCCAACAGCACUGUAACCGUAUGCAGCUCGAAUAAUUCCAGCGAUUUGGCAGUAGCCUCAGCUUCAACAUCGCCACCGCCGGCACCCACGCAAAGUCCGCAGUCUCAUAUAAUUGAUGUGGCACGCUGUAAAACAUCACCAACAUCAUCGGCCGCUUCAGCGGUAUCUUCAGUUUCGGCUUUAACACGCAUAUCAGCACAACCGUAUAGCAACACAAACAGUCGAGAUUCAUACUUUAAUCAUUUCCAUACGCAAACAACGCCGCUUUUGGGUUAUACCAGCUCCAUUUCCACCAUGUCUGGUGUUAUUAGUCCAACUAAUCUUAGCUUAUAUUCGUCGGCUUCAGCAGCGGGUGUUUCACCUGCUGUAACGCAUCGCACAACACCACGUACUCGUUGGAAUCCCCCGUUUCUAUCGAUGGAAGAUGAUUUCAAUAUGAUGUCCCACACAUUGUCAAGCACAAAUCCAGAGGCAACCCCUGUUAUCUUAAUGGAAGAUUCUGGCCGCUACAGCGAUGAAUACGUAACAAGUCGAGAUUAUGUUACAUGAUUAUAAUUAAAUUAUACUAAUACAAUAACAACAGCAACAACAACAACCAUACCAACAGUAUCCGCAACAUCAUAUUACAGUAUGCCAUACUAGAACUGCAAAAACACUACAAAUUGUGUCAUAUAUAUGAAGAAAAUGAUUUAAGAUUAUUUCAAUUACAUACGCAUAUGUAUAUAUAUAUAUAUAUAUAUA